AUGUGUCAGGGUGGUGACUUUACCAACCACAAUGGCACUGGCGGUAAAAGCAUCUACGGGGCCAAAUUUGCGGACGAAAACUUUAAGUUCAAGCACGACAGACCCUUCCUACUAUCCAUGGCCAACGCUGGGCCCAAUACAAACGGUUCUCAGUUCUUUCUCACGACUGCCGUGACGAGCUGGCUGGAUGGCAAACAUGUUGUCUUCGGCCAGGUGGUCGAAGGUCAGGAUGUCGUCAAAAAGAUGGAGGCCACUGGAUCGCAGUCUGGUAAGACAUCGAAGACUGUCACUAUUUCUGACUGCGGACAGCUUUAGUUCGUUUCGUAUUGCACCUUUGCACUCCUAAGUGCUAAAUGCAUCAUUAGUCAUUGUUGUUGUUUUGUCUUCGACUAGGCUCUCGUUGUAGUGUACACAAAUCCAGAUCAUAGAGCGCUAACCUUGUUGGCCAGCGAACAGGCAUGCAAUCUCUGACAGUCGUGAAUGGCGUUGUAGGCACCCUGUCGUUCUGAUUUAACUUCAAAUCAUUGGCAGUUGUUUGCGUUGCACAUCCUUAACAUGAGUGGGCUCGUCACUUCGUGCUGACCACCAGCGGGUUUUAUUUGGCGUGUUUCUUGCCACCGUAAGGGACUUUGUCGGGAUUAGGUACGACUAUUAGCUCAGUGCCGAAUCGCAAGAACUGGCGUUGCGGCAUGGUGUCUGGUAAUAGGUCUACGUAGUAAUUCGUUCCGAAACGUCCACGUCCCGUAGCGGUAGUUGGAGCUAUGGUAAGCGUUUCCCGGUUUGGGCGGUGCGCAAAUUCGAUUUUGACAUACCACGAAUCAUGGCGGUCUGGUGCAGUUAGGUCAUGUGCCACUUAAGAGAGAGAUGCGCCUUGGCUUUUAUUAAGAAUCGCGCGGCCAGAGGCCGAUCCCGUUGUUCACCAUCAUCGUACCGUGCUAAGUUGCCGCGUAUGUGCGUGGUCACAGCAUUCGGUCACCGCGACCUGGUCAGUGUUUCGUUGACCAGUCCCGACCCAGCAAAGUAGGUUUCUAUUGAGAACUCCAGAUUUCCCCUCUCCUAGAAUCCGCAAACUUGAAGCAUCCGUAGUUGAUUCGGAUGAAGCCCAGACCUUAGGCGCGUGCAGUGUAAGCCGAAUAAAUUACUGCAUAUCGCACACUGGAGUAAGCAAUCGGGCGCCAUGUUGGACUCCGCGACCCUACCAGUCUGUACUUGCAUCCCGGUGCCCAGUGAUGAGUUAGUAACCUUGAGAUGACGAUUCUAUGCGCCACUAGCCGGGGCCGAAUAAAUAAUUAGCGCUCCCGUGGGGAGAAUACCAAACGCGAGCUAUCGUUUUUGCCAGCAGUAAUGCUGUACCCUAGCAAAAUCGGUCGGAUAUAUGCGUGCGUCCGAUUGCUCGUCGGUGCCACCUCUAAAGCAGACUGAAAUAGAGAUGGGUAACAACACAGACGAUAAAAGCAACUGAACAGUUAUUUCCGCUUAAUUUACAGAAAAAGAGAUUUCUCUUCGAUCCUUGUCGUUGUCAGUAUAAACGUGAAAUAGCAACUAAUGGGAAAUGAACGUUGCCCUACACUGAGAUGAUGUCAAGUAAGUGGAUCGUGGGGUGUGGUGGAACGCGCCUCGUACCCACGCACAUGAUCUGCCACUCGGUAGAUCACUAACAUUACAUGCGUCAAAUGAUGGGCGAGUAACCUGCGUAAGUGUCUGGAGUCGUUUACUUGCAACCUAACCAGGUGUUUGAACACAUUUCACGCUAAGAACCUCAAGCUGUCAGGACGCAUGGAGUAUCUUUGCUGGCGUGACUGUUUGCCCAACUGCUUCGUUUCUUCAUAGUUGGCUCCGGACCCAGUAUGUCCUCGAACCAUCUAUUUAUAAAUGUGAAAAGAUAGUCGGUCUUGCAAGGGCUUGGGCCGGCUGUUGACAGAGUGAGACGCCAUCAUGCGUAUCGGUGAUGGCAGCAUAAAUCAUGCUAGCCCCACAAGGCAUCUGGGUUAUUUGUGGUAUCUCAUCGCCAUCACUACGCAGGUAACGGGUAGAUUAGCAGCGACCCUGGAAGUUUUGGGAACAGCUGAAUGUUUUCUAUCACAACAGGGCGGCUCGCAGUCGCUGCGAUGACUGCGCGAGAGUAUCUUUGACCAUUUCAUACAGGUGGCUUAGGUGCAGUCACCGCUGCCACCCGCAGCAGUUCGGUGCUUUUGUCAAACGGCUCAGCUGUACAGGAGGUGACGACAGUAAGGUAAGUUCAAAACCUGACUUGAUGGACCGUCAACACGCGAAUGGCCUUUGGGCCUAUACUAUUCUGCUGUCGCUGCGCGAAGAUAAAUCCUUGAACGUACUUGAUCGGCCACUGAUGAUCGUUGUGCAUGUAGAAGUUCCACUCAAGACACCACUGUGGCCGCUUGUUCCGGACGGCCGUAUGACAUGCAAGUAGGGAUUCAGACACUAAGUAAGGUGUCGACACCUUCAUUUGGAGGCUGGAUCGAUUGUAAUGUGUCUGCUCGUGCCGCUUACGUACUUUUCGUAGGAUGUAAUAGUCAGUACAUUGGCUAGCUUCCGUUACUGGUUUUCGUUGGCUUACGUAUACAGUCCUGAGCCCAAAGGCUUCCAGCCGAGAAUUCGAAGUACCCUAGGACGUGGUCGCCGGAAUUGUUCAAAGCGGUUUCCGUCAGUCACAUCCGCUCGUAUUCAGUCGCAGUGAGUGGAUUUAAUUGUAUGAUCGAAAUGGUUGUGAGCCCUGUUGGUGUCGACUGCCAUUGACACCGCGUAGGAAGUACAGAUAAAUGCGGUGCUUCAGGACGGAUAGCCUCGUGACCGCGACGGUUUACAUUUAAUAAACUACAUUUAAUCUUUUAACAACAUUCUACACCCACAUGGGCGCCCUUGCUUGCUUUCGAGCGGAUGAUUUUGUUUCUGAGCCUUUCACGUGUAUGCUUGGAGAGGUAUUGCGACUUCUGGUCAGGAGUAUAGCAUAUUCGGCUGUCCAAAGUAGACGCUUGUAUAGUGAACUCGACCCAACGCCCGGUCGCCCCACUCUAUCCUGACAGUGGCAUUUCCUGCACCGAAUGACUAACUGGUCCGCAGAGUCGCCCUUGUCAGUAUGCCUGUCCCAAACUAUAGGCAUUUGGCUCUUAAACGGUCUCCAGACUAGAGUGAACUUGCAUCUGGGGCGUCGCGUCCUCGCUCGAUCCACGAAAAAUGGUCGUAAACUAUGGGCAGAAAACCUCGGCACUGCUUAACCGACAGGUUUCAAAGGUGUUCUGCAAGCAGGCCAGAAGAAGAGCUUUGCAUCAUAAGGGACACAGAAAACGCUCAAUGGAAAUAUAUCAAGUUAACAUGACGGGCGGGUAGUUGGUCCAUCCAUUCCUAUCCAUUUGGUUGGGAAUGUUUUAUUUGCGAACGGUCGUGGAUUAGGUAAGAUGUGGUUGCGUUGCCCCACCUGAUGGACACAAUAUUGUUGGGUUGGGUUCGGUUUAGGGCUGCGAUUAAGGGUUAGGGUUGGGGCUAGGGUUAUGCGUUAGGGCAACUAUUCCCCAACCAUGCAAAGUACAGCCGCGGAUCCCAAUAGCAUUUCUCUUGCAUGCAAUUGCCUGUGCGUCCCCCGGCCCCACCUGCAAAACUCUUAUCACCACCGGUCCCUUACUACAGGCGGCUGGGGUUUGCUUACUUCAGGUGGGGCUACAUAAUCUCAUCUGACCGUAGAUUCAUUGAUUGAUGGGAUGUCCUACCCUGCACCUAAGGAUUUACUUUAAGCAAUGAGGGUAUUCUGCAGUAUCGUAAGGGGACUUCCGCCAUUACCUGUUUUGUUAUAGCAUAACACUGAAGCUCAUAUUUGCUUAAUCGUCUCACGGACAUUUGCCACAUCGAGUAUUUUUUUUCUGAUUUAUCGUUAGACUCAUUCGUCUGCCACUCUAGGUCCGCUAGUCCAACAACCUGACGAUUGACAGCCCAUAUGACUUUAACUGACCACUUGUGCUUCUAACGGUCCUCACUAUAACUGACUCAAUCAACUCCAUGCUGUAGGUUCGCUGCGUGACCAAUGGUCCUCCAUUGCAAUCGGUCGGCCUCUGACUCCAAAAGAAAGAUGA